UCGCAGGGCUCGGGGCUGCGGGAGCAGCGGCGCCUGGAGGCACGGCGAGCCCCGAGGCGGGGCCGGGGAUCCCGCAGCCACCGCCCGCUCCCCCCGGCUCGGCGGCAGCCGCCCGCAGCUCCCCGCCGAGCAACGUUUCAUUUCACCUUUUCUGGGAUGGAGAUUUCUUCUCAUCAGUUUCACCUCUUGCAGCAACUAAAUGAGCAGCGCAGGCAGGACUUGUUCUGUGACUGCAACAUCCUGGUGGAGGGCAAGGUCUUCAAAGCCCAUCGCAAUGUGCUGUUUGCCAGCAGUGGCUACUUCAAAAUGCUCCUUUCGCAGAGCUCGAAGGAGACGAGUCAGUCCACCACAGCCACUUUCCAGGCCUUUUCUCCUGACACCUUCACAGUUAUCCUGGAUUUUGUGUAUUCAGGCAAACUGUCCCUCACUGGUCAGAAUGUGAUCGAAGUCAUGUCAGCCGCCAGCUAUCUGCAGAUGACUGAUGUGAUCAGCGUGUGUAAAACCUUCAUCAAGUCGUCGCUGGACAUCAGUGAGAAGGAGAAGGAUCGCUACUUCAGCCUGUCAGACAAAGAUGUGAGCUCCAACGGCGUGGAGCGAUCCUGUGUGUACAGCGGAGGGUGGAGGGCGGAGAGCAGCCCCCCACAUCCCCACUCCAGCCCAGACCCUGGGACUUGCAUGAUGGGCGGCAACGCUUGGAGCAAUUUCAACUAUUACCCCAGCUCUCAAAGAAAUGCCCAGCAGCAGCAGCAGCAGCAGCAGCAGCAGCUGUCCAAACACGAGCAGCGGCAGGAUUCCAUCAAGAAAUCCCGGCACCUGGGGCUGCAGCAGCCUUCAGACAUCCCCCACUAUAAAUCGAGCAAGCUGGAGGACAGGGCCGCCGAGCCCGCCGGCCACGCCGCGCCGCCCGAGGAGCAAGUUCACAUUGACACCGAGGUGGAAGCUCCUCCUCACGUGGGUUACCAGUUCAGCCAGGGCGCUGAGGUGAUGCCCAGGGCCUUGGCUGUGUCGCAGCAGGAGCACGAGUCACCCCGCUCCUCCAGCAAGUCCAAGUCCUCCAAAGCUGAGGAGCAGUAUGGGAGCAUGCCCUCCAUCCUGGGAGUCAUGGGCAACUGGGCUGAAGAUGACCUGGCCAGGAUGAGGUUCAAGUGUCCGUUCUGCAGCCACGUGGUGAAGAGAAAAGCUGACCUGAAGCGUCACCUUCGCUGUCACACGGGAGAGCGGCCGUACCCCUGCGAGGCGUGUGGGAAGAGAUUCAGCAGGCUGGAUCACCUCAGCAGCCAUUUUCGAACUAUCCACCAGGCGUGCAAGCCCAUCUGCAGGAAGUGCAAGCGGCACGUGACGGAGCUGACGGGCCAGGUGGUGCAGGAGGGCACGCGGCGCUACAGACUGUGCAACGAGUGCCUGGCAGAGGCCGGCAUCGACAGCAUCCGCAUUGACUUGGAGGCCGAGGCACCUCUGGAGUUCCCCCAGGACGGGGACAAGGACUCCAGGUGGCACUACGGGGAGGACAACAGGUCUGACGUGGAGAUCGUGGAGGACGGCUCCAACGACUUGGUCAUCCAGCAGGUGGAUGACAGCGAGGAUGAAGCGGAGGAGAAGGAAGUGAAACCAAACAUUAGGUAGUUGGAAGACGAGGAUUGGGAGUUUUGUGGAAGAGGGAGGAGGAUGUACUGUGAGCAAAUGCCCUCUGCCAGCUGAUCCUACAGGGACACGUGGUUGAACAGGUCCAGACUUGCAUGUAUUUAUGGACACGUCAUUGAGGCCAUGCUGGUUUGUUAGCAGAACCCCCGUGUGUUGUUUGGUUAAAAAAGAUCCAUCCUAAAAUUAUGGAUAAACAAGGAAACUGCAGAAUUAGUGGAUAAUUUUUAUAGCAGGACCCCCAUGUUGUUUGGUUAAAAAAGAUCCAUCCUAAAAUUAUGGAUAAACAAGGAAACUGUAGAAUUAAGUGGAUAAUUUUUAUAGCAGAACCCCCAUGCGUUGCUUGGUUAAAAAAGAUCCAUCCUGAAAUUAUGGCUAAACAAGGAAACUGCAGAAUUAAGUGGAUAAUUUUUAUAGCAGAACCCCCAUGCGUUGUUUGGUUAAAAAAGAUCCAUCCUGAAAUUAUGGCUAAACAAGGAAACUGCAGAAUUAUGUGAAUAAUAAGUUUUAUAGCAGGCAAUGGGGCACAUCUCAAAGCCUCUUGCAAGGAGGUUUAAAUACUUUUAAAAAGUCACAGAUUAUUGUAAAUUGCUCAUUUUUUACACUUGCAGAGAGAUGGGGUUUAUAUCACUGGGCUAUAAACAAAGUGUAAAACCCCCACACCAGCCAACCUCUCUUGAGUGUUCAGAAGUGAAGAGAAUUAUCCAUGAAAUGUCAUGAAAUCUUCUUGUUAUGAUAAAGAAAACAGCAGCUAAUUAAGAAAGAACAUUUAAACGUUUGGGCACUUUUGUCUGGAAAAGGAUUUCUGUAAAAUUUAUUAGGAUGAGAUGAAUCUUUAGUAGAUCAUAUGUUCAAGACUUAUUUCUUUCAAAGAAAAUAAGCACAUAAAUGCUUAACACAUCAGAGACAAACUGAUUAAAAAUUUGGAUCAUUCAAUGAUGGCAGUAGAUGUUUUAGUCUCAAUAUUAGGAUCUCAGACGGGGCUGUUUUAACAAGGACUAUUAAAAUACUCUUUUUUUAUAUUUGGAAACCUCUCAAAAGUGCCCAGACAUGGUGGGAUUGUGGGUGUGCAGGGCCAGGAGCUGGAUUUGGAUGAUCCUUGUGGGUCCCCUCCAGCUCAGCAUAUUGAAUUCUGUACACCUUUUCCAGUUUGUGCCAGUAAAACCAAGAUUUACUGGAACUUCUAGACACCAUAUUGUGUCAUUUCACCCACAGUUAGGCUACAGAGAUGAGUAAUGAUGAAGAAAUUUGACUUCUCUAACAAAAUAAGCUUGGUUUUGCUGCUUGGUGAGUUUUCCUUGCCCAGCACUGUCAAGAGGAGAGGAGCAGGAGAUGCUCCUGGGGUGCUGCUGCUCUGCAUUCCUUGGACACACCCGAGUGUUAUUCCAGCUCUUGGGAUCAUGGAACUCAAUGGCUGUAGACUUAGAAAAUUCUAUCUAUUUUUUUUUUUCUUUUUUACAGCUUUGUAAGCAUGUUUGGCUGAACCCUGGGGUUUCUUACACAACAAUCCCACAUACAUAUAUAUAAAUAUAUAUGUAUAUGUAUAUAUACUAUAUAACCCUUCCCAGGGACAGCUAAAAAGUCACUAUUUUCUUUUUAGUUGUGUAAAAACUGUAUAACUUUCUUGUAUCAUCAUGACCAGAGAGUGCAGAAUUUUCAUUCCAGGCUGCAGGUGACCAACAAAUGACAACUUGAGAACUUCAUGUUAAAUUCAGUGUAAGCAUUAUGCACCCUCCUCUUCAUGGGAAGCAUCCCAAGGACACAAGAAAUGGUGUUUUAUUGUUCCUACAAAAAUUAUAAUUUAUUGGCUUAGCUUUGGGGAGGGGGUGACUUAAAAAUCUUGGUGAUGACCCAGAUGAAAACAUCUUAAAACAAGACUUGCACUUGAUUUUAUGGGACACUUGGUCAGCAGCCCAAAAAUGGACUUGAUGUGAAAACAGACAUUUAAUUUCUUGGAGCUUUUAAACUCCUAAAAUGCCUGUUAUUAAAUGGCUUAGAAAUAUUCCUGAGCAACCUGGACUAAAUCAAAUACACAGAACAAGAAAUAUUUCAAAGGAUAUGGAGUAACUUUGCUCAAAUUUCAUAGAUGUUUCCCUUUGCCUUUCCAUUAAACAGUUUGACAACAAAUCCCAGGUAUCAGUGCCUGCUGUCCCAGGGUAAAAACGUGGCUGGAACUGGGCUGGGUUUGUCUGGGGAUGGAUGAAGGGGAGGGGAAAAUGAAGUGUUCUCUCCAGACCUGAAUUCUUAACUGCCAACUGCAAAGGUCACACUAUUAAGUGUUUCUUAAUAGUGGGGGUGUUUUUAGAAGCAAAGGGAUUUUUGGAUCAAUACUCAAUUUAAUUAGAGGUCAUAAAUCUAACAAUACUGAGGAGCAGAUGCUUCAGAAUGAGAUCUGAAGUGGCUCUAAAUGGGCAAAUGGAGCAAUCUAUCCACAGGAACACUUCUACUCUUUAAACACAGAUUAAUUGUUGAUUUGCUGGGCAAAUAAGGGCUUUUUUUCUGGAUUUAUGUGUUGUUAUUCUCAUUAGUAUAACUAGAUAUCUGUAGUAAGUUUUAAAGUAUCAUAUUAAGCUUGGAGGUUUAGCUCAAGGCUGCGAUUCCCACAGUCUAUGCUGUUUUUCUGGUUUUUAAAAGUUACCCAUUUUUACAUUUGUUGUCUUAAUUUUGGUCAUUGUUUCCUUCCCUUUGUAUUGCAAGACAAGAUAAAUGUUAAGUGCCUUCUGUUUUCCACGUCCUUCAUUUCACACUCCUAUAUUUUCCUUGGGUUUUUUUUCUCUAAAUGAAAGUAUUUUUCUUUUUGUCUCCUUC